UAUUCGGACGAGGACGACAGGCUUAUCUCGCGGCUGUCGUCAUAUCGCGGACUCGGGGUUACGUCUCGGCGGCGAGAGGUUACGUUUUCUUUUUUUCCCCGCACUUUUUACGCUCCUCGCUUUAUCGGGGCCCGCGCUACCCGUGAUAGCGGUUGGCGGCACACGGAGAUGUCUCCUCUCCUCGCAUCGCCUCCCCUUCUCCGUCCUCGCCGCGCCUCCUCGAUCGCGCCUCGUCGAUUUAUCUAAUCGGACCCGGCCGGCCGCGUGGUCCGUUAAACGCUCGGCAACGCGUCUUAUCUUCGGGAUCGAGAAAAUCCGGAGACGCUUCUCGCGCGUGGUUUUUACGUAAUCCUUCGCCGAUCGCGGCACCGGAUAACAGCACUUGUCCAGAGAGAGAGAGAGAAUAGAGUCGUCCGUGGAAAAAAAUUCUAGCUGGACGGCCGUUCUUUGCUUUUUGUUGCUCUUUUUUUUUAAAUUUACGUAACGAUGAUAUACAUGUAGAUAUUACGCACGUAUGCAUUAAAUGAUCGUUAACUGAGAAUCAUAAUUAUCAAUCAAUUAUCAAUACAGGAUAUUAGUAUGGAAAUAUUGAUACGACGGAAAUAUUGUUAUAAUUGUAUGACGGUGUACAGAGCGUGUCGCUUUUGUUACCGUCGAGGGUUUAACCACUCGUUGAUAAUUAAAUGAAGAUCACUGAUGGUAUUUGAAUUUUCCAUUCAAUUGAAACUGACGGGGAUUUUGCGUUAAUGGACCGACGCAGAGUACCCAUUCUUUUUUUUUCAUUUUUAUUUUGCAUCUAUUAAGUAAAUAAACAUUUGAAUGUGACGUUCAGCGAGAGAGGAUAGGGACUGGGAAUAAUCGAAUUUGGGAAAUUUCUCUGAAAUAAAUCGCAGUGCCAUUUUGUGACUGUCAAGUCGCGGCGAGUUUAGUUUCCCGCUAGCUAAUCGUAUAACGAUGCGUGGAAAUAAGAUUAGGUGUUCCCUGGGGCCUCGCCAUAAUAGAGACAGCUUGUAUCGCAAUCAAACCACAGCCAUAUCGAAUGCACGCAUAAAAACAAAUCUGAUUGUAAGUGAUUCGAUUGAACUUUUUUUUAAAGAGAAAUUUGACGUGUCUAUUACGGCGGUAAUUGCGAGAACUGCCGCGGCACUCGCAUAGAGUUUCGCAGUAUUCCUUGAGAUACACUUGAAAUGCACGAAAGACAUCUUAAUUAAAUCGGGGGCUUAUCUUAAUUGUGUAUGUGUUGCUGUCACAACACAAGAUUAGCAAUUUCAUUAGGUACUACGUCAUGUUAAGCUAUAGUUCAAAAGGUUAUUCACCAAAAAAAUAUGUCGGCCGUUAAUUAACAGAAAAUAUAAUGUAAUCUCGAAAAUGGCAACUCGAGUAAAGUACUCGGAUAAAUUUAUCGAAUCGCUUCUUGUUAAGGGGAAAAAAAUUAGAUAUUUGCAAUCAGACGUAUAUCCGAGGAGAUCUACACUAUUAUCCCGACUUUCUCUCUUCCAGUUCGACCGAUUAACAAGAAGCGAUUAUCCCAAUUUACUGCGCGUGUCGUUCUGCGAAGCGGUUCUGGUGUCACGGCACAGAAAGAAAUUAGUGUCGUUGUUGCGCUAAACGAAAACACACAAAUUCUAAUAGAUCGUGACGAGGCCGGAAAUCGUCGCACGUUCUCAUUUGAAAAUCUCGCGGAUAAUAAACGCGUGCGUUCUGACCGGCAAACGGAACAGCCUGGCUCAUUAUCCGCUUCCGUUUGCAAAGAAUCGUUUAAUCACGCGCGUUAAAGAGAAUUUUACACGGUUCACCGUCGAUGCGUUCACGAGUCAUAUUAUUUUUAUCCGUUGCCACUGGUAGGUUCUAGCGUGUCUCAGAGUCGUACUCGAGAAUUCUGCGAUAAUUGUUUCUAGCGGGAUAAAUAAACAUACGCACGGCAUUAUUAUUCGAGGUAAAUCUUUCUUCUGUAAAGUAUCGGGUUGAAGUACGGUUAGAAAUACACUUAAUAUUCAAAAUCGGAAGGUCGUGAAAAAUGAUGACAUUCUGAAAAUCGGCUCCGUGUUUGUGCGAAGCUCUUAAACUUUCGAGGCGAGGUAUUUUGUAUAUAGAAUACGCGAUCGCGUAAUUAUGAAAACAAUUUUAUUCAAAGACUGUUACAUUAUUGUCCUUGCCAAGCAGUCUUUACGUCACUGUAAUUUAUUUCUCUCUCUCUUUUUUUUGUGUGUGUGUAAUUCACGCGAUCUAGCCGGGAUUACGGCCAGUCGAGCCGCGCGUGAAAGUGCACGCGUGUGUGCGUGCGCGUGCUUCCUCGUGCGCGAGUUGAACGUGGCUCGAUUAGUCGUCGCUGAUUCUUGCGUGCCAUCGAUGCCCACCUACGAUCUACGUCUCGUUUCUCUGUUCGCAGCCUGUCAGUGAGUGGACGUCGGUGAACGUAGUUGAAUGGAUGUCAGCCUUAAAUCUGUACCGCUAUGCGGACGUCUUCAAGUCAAAGGACAUCAAAGGCAGCGAUCUGCUUCAUCUGGAUCGGGAAAAGCUCAUGAACAUGGGUAUAAAAGAUGAAUUCCAUCAGAGGAACAUUUUGGUGUGCAUCGAGGAACUCUGCAAAACGCUGCCACCGCCCCCGGUGGCGAUGGAAACGAUGGGCUCGGUGACACAGGCACACAACGCGACGACACCGGCAGCCGGCGUCGCCGUCGAAUCGGCCUGUUCCCUCGGAGUCAACUAUCCGGGCAACAACCUGGCCAAUAACGCGCACAAUCUCAUGCCGCACAGCUUCAGCGUGUUGGAGAAGUGCGGCAAAUGCCAUAAAUACCUCAGGGGCCUGUUACAUCAAGGCUUCCUCUGCCAAGAUUGCGGGCUGGUCUCUCACAGGACGUGUUCAGCGACGGGUUUACCUUCCAAUUGCAUAUCGGUCGACUCGGACAAUCGUAUCAGCAGGUUUACCUCAGUGUUCGGUCUCGCGCUCUGCUCGCAAUUCGACACCGCCAGCCGCACGGCGCCGAUUCUCGUGGAGCGGUGCACCCGCGCCCUCGAGGAGCAGGCGUUCGCUGACACGACGCUGGACCUCUACAAAGUCUACCACAGCAGCCCGCCUAACGAGCAGACCCUCGAGCUGCGACAGAAGCUGAACGAAGACGUCUGCAACGCGGAUCUGAGUCCGUACACUCCCCAGUGUAUCGCCAGCGUCCUGAAAAAGUUCCUGCGUGAAUUACCGGACCCGGUAAUUCCGGUGCAAUGGUACGACAGGUUCCUGGAAGCGUGGAGUAUAAAGAGCGAUGAGCAGUGCGCAGCGCGUCUGAAUCAAUUAGUAGCGGAGCUACCGGAGCACCAUCGUAGCACACUGUGCCAUUUGAUGGCGCACUUCUGCCGCAUCUGCCAGCUGCAGCACGGACGGGGUUACACGGAACCGCCGACCAUCCUCGUGCAAGUGCUCUGCCAUAUAUUUCUUAGGCCGCCCUGGGAGCAAAUCAUCCAAGUUGUCAAAAACACGGAGGCACAUAUACGUAUAAUGGAAUUGCUGUUACUGCACGGCGAUUGGAACGAGAGGCUACCGGAGUUUGCCAGUCCUCCGCAAUUGCCGCCACGCAAAGUUUCGAGACCACAAUUUCCGAUUUUGGAUCCAUUCCCGGUUCUCGAGGACGAGGCUGUAGACAGAACGGCACCUGGUACAGAUACUGGCAAGGACCAACAGAUGCACAGGCCGCGCGCGCUACAGGAUGCCGAAUGGUACUGGGGUGACAUUACGAGGGACGAGGUGAACGAGAUGAUGAUCGACUCGCCGGACGGCACAUUUCUGGUACGCAAUGCAUCUUCCAAGGGCGGCGAGUACACUCUGACGCUGCGUAAAGGCGGGACCAACAAACUCAUCAAGAUCAGUCAUCGAAACGGGAAAUACGGAUUCUCGGAUCCUUAUAACUUCCACUCGGUUAUCGAAUUGGUCGACUAUUACAGAAACUGUUCGCUCGCGCAGUAUAAUUCGGUGCUGGAUAUUAAGCUGCUCUAUCCGGUGUCGCGACUUCAACAGAAACAGGAUGAAGAGAUCGCAAAUACGACCGACAUGGCGAAAGUCGUGCAGAAGUUUGUCGAGCUGGAAAAGGACAUAACCGAUACAAUCCGACAGUAUCAACACUGUUCGGAUAUUUACAGCAAAACGGCCUACGAAGUCCAGUUGAAGCGUCAGGCAUUAGAAGCCUUUACGGAGGCUAUUAAGAUGUUUGAGGAACAGAUGAAGCUGCAAGAAAGAUUCCAGAAGGAAGCCCAGCCCCAUGAGAUUUCUACUUUGACGGACAAUUCAGAACUGCUAAAGCGAAGACUGAAGGCCUUAGAAGAUAGCAAAGAACAGCUGGAUGAGAGUUUGAAGCAACAGAUUGCCUACUAUAGGACCCUCGAGAGAGAAAUGUAUAGAUUGAAGUCGGAGAUCGGAAUGCUCGUGCGACAGAAGGAUCGCCAUUCUCUAUGGUUAAAGAAGAAUGGGAUGAAGCAGAACAAGGAGGACGUGGACUUCGCGGUUCAUUCCGACGAGAAAACGUGGCUCUACUUGCAGGGUUCUCGUCCCGAUGCCGAUCAUGUUCUAAAAGGCCGGCCUGACGGUACUUUCCUUGUUCGCCGAUCGAGAACGGGCCAGUACGCACUUUCCAUAGUGUGCAACGGCACGGUACAGCACUGCAUAAUAUACGCCACCGAGCGCGGCUACGGUUUCGCCGAGCCGUACAACAUUCACGAGAGCCUGAAACACCUGGUGCUGCACUACGCCCAGAACUCCCUGGAGGAGCACAACGAGUGCCUGACCACCACUCUGGCCUACCCCGCGUUCGCGCCGCCCGCGGCGCUCGCGCAACUGCAGGCCCAGCAGAAGCAGUUACAGAUUCACACUCAGAAUCAAUCGCCGUUCGCGCGACCGCCCCACGAGAAUCAGCUCGUCAUGCCGCACACAUAAUAUUGGCCUGUCGAGCGCCGCGAUCAGGAUCCGCUCGAGUCCGAGUAUGUUCACGCAUCCGCGCACAGCCACACGUGAGUUCUGCUGCAACAAGCCAUCAUUCGCCGACACGAUCGGCAGAUCGGCUGCGUCGCGCGAGCCUUCCUCGACGAGUUCGAAACACGUUCCGCCGCGAGACAAAACGCUCCUUCGUUCGGAACGUUUCCUAAAAUCGCGUACAAUAAUUAUGCGUAUGUUUCACAGUGAGAGAAAACGCAAACUUGGCGCGAAUUAAAUAUCGUGACAGCACGUAACCUAGUGUCGGUUGCUUAAUCAUAGUCGAACCAUCGUAAUAGGUAGAUCGCAAGCUCGCCGAAAGUACGGAGCACUUCGACGAAGCGUAUAAUAGCCGUAACGAUAGUAAUCGUAAGAGAUAGUAGCGAUAGAAUUAGAUAUAUAUGCGUUAUCGUGGUACGAUAAUGAUCGUUUCGACUAAUGCGGAGGUUCCCAAACGGCGCAUCGCGACGCCCAAAAUGGACUUGUGUUCGGAAGAAUGUCCGAAGUAAAAGGCAGAUGAGUUCAAAUCUUCGAAGAUAAUUCUAGAAUAGUAGAAUCUUUUUUAUACUAUCGGAUGUUAAAUAAAUAUUAAAAUAUUGCUUAAUCGUUGUGUAAAGACGAUUCGGAAGCUCUUGAAUUUUUUUAAUCUUUGAAAUCAUUUGAAUCUUUGUUUCACGAAAUGUGACGAGGAUAAGUAAGCGCGAGAGCGGAUUUGAGACUCUGACUUGUAUUUUCUACAUACGUGACUAAUAUCGAUUGGAGUCACGUUUCGUAUCCGCGCGUUCGUAAACAUUAUUGCAAGGGAUGCAAAGAGAGGAGUGUCAGAUUCAAAGAAUUGCUGGAGUAAGAGUGUUUGGGAACCUCUCGACUAACUGGACCAACAGUACCAAUGACGGAUACCACUGGCUCUCCCUCAGGGUUUACACGACGCGGAGGGUCGAAGGUCUGCGUCGACAUUACGGCAGGACGAUGAUACGUCUCCGCCGCUACCGAGAGUUUUUGUUCUUCGGAACAAAAAGCGUUUUUGACCUUGACGCCUGUAAUUGCGUAGAAAUUGAUCCGCUCGGAAACGUCGGCAUUACAAAGACACGCCGUCGGAUCAGCGACCGGGAUAGCGAGGUCCGCUUCGUUCGCGUAGAUUCCAUUGUUCAGGUAAUCAGGGUAGUCGUGUCUCGUACAAAUCGUCUAACCCUUAACAGCCUGAAUCCUCAGAAUCUUAAUUAGCUCGUAUCGGGCGGAUAUCAUUUAGUUUGAAACUAACUUUGCGUUAGUGAUUCGUUAUUAUUUAGCUGCAUACGAUGGCCACCUAUGUAGUUCGAGUCGUGCCAUUCUUAGAAAAGACAGUGCUAUAAAAAAUGUUAUGAAAAUUAUUUAUGAAAGCGUAGUAUCUUUUUGAUACGCGUUGUAUCUCUAUCUUUCGUUAUGAUUAUAGCUCGAUGAUUAUAGUUCGAGGUCAUAGUCACUGAUCAAAUGUUUAUGUUACUAUGAGUAGAGCUUACUGCGUUAACAUAUCACGUGAAGUAGCCAUAAAUGACACUCAUGACUUUUCGUGCAAUAAGUUUAUCUCGAUCACGUGCUAUUACUCAUCGCUCUUUAAUAUUUUUUGCGUAGUGUAACGUACAUUUCGUCUUUUCCUACAAAACUUGCAUUUGAUAUAUGUUUAAUGUAUCAAUUCACGUUGUAUGAAUAUCAAGGUUUGGAUAAUUUCAUCGCGACCUAAUACGAUUAUUUUAGGCUUUUAAGGGUUAAACGUGUUCGUUCAAAAGUCGAAAGAUGAUCGCUUCCUCGUUGCUCGAAAUUCCCGAUCGCUUCUUGCGCGAGCACACCGUUCGCGACUCCAACAAAGGGCGCGCGCGCGAUUUGCAUAAAUGGCGCCGGCGUCUUUAUUUUUUUUUACGCUGAAUUAUGAUAGUGAUAUUAUGAUGUAGUCGAGCGAAAUUUGCGUAAAACCGUGGAGCGUCUUUAUACCAUUUUAUAGUAACAGAAAAACUGAUCACGAGAACCCUGCAGGUCCACUUUUUCCGAUGAGAAAUUUUAAGGACUGUUCCCACUAACAUUAAAAAUCGUACAUUAAUUCGUAACAUGACUUUUUCGAAUUUCCUCGAGUUAUUGAAGAGUGGACCCACUCGAUUCUCGUGGUUGAAUCUUCGGAUUUAAUCGCGAAGAUGGACCGGAUAUCUUCGUUGUCCUUCCUCGAUCGCGUUCCGCAGCGGAUCGCGAUGAAGUUUUCUCGAUGACAGAGGGAGAGAGAGAGAGAGCUUUUUUUUAUACAAUAGAUUUCAGACGUUAUGCCAAGCAGAUUUGUGAGAAAGGAGAUAUAUAUCUCGAUAUAUUGUCUGUGAUUUUUUUCGGAUUGUCUGCGAGCAGAGGGAGAAAAGUUAUCGCGUUUGUCGUUUCCGGUCGCUUUUGUCCCUAAUUUCCCAACUUAUUCUUUCUUUCCUUUCUUCUCUGCACCCCUUCUUUCCUCGAACGUCCGUGAGCUUUCUUUUCCGCCAUAACUUUCAAUGUACGUCCUCGCGAUCAACGCGUUGCGUCAAUCUUUCUCGCUGUCACGGGUCCCAAUCUCAGCUUUGAACGUUCUCGAAGAUAGCGGCGAUGAGAGGAAAGAUCAGGACGUAACGAGAAUUAAGAAUGACGAGUGAAAAGUAACAAUAAGUAUAAAAUUGCCAGUAUGCGAAAAGAGAGCAAGAGAGAAAAAUCAAUUGAUAAAAUACAAAAGAACGAUGCUAGUCUUUGUCCAGAAACGUGAAACUUUGUCUUUCUAUUGUCCGUCAAUAGAGUAUCUCUUUGUCGUCGUUAUUCUCUUACGUUUCCUUCCUCUUUAUUUUAAUCGUUUCUUUGCUGCGUCCUGAUCUGAACCACCGAAACGAAAGAAAGAAAUACGCGGAUGCGUGCCUGAGAAAUCUCACGUUUACAGAGCGGUCGGUAAACGGCGAGAGUGUAUCGGGAGCGCUUCACGUGCAACGAGAGAGAUCGGUGGUUUCUCAAGUUUCUCUCGCGCCAUCGUAAUCGAGCAGAGGUCUGAGAAACGCAAAUCGAUGGGCUCGAACAGAUAAAUCGAAUAAGAAUUGAAAAAAUUUUAUAACGCAUCUGACGCUAAAUGUAAUCGUCACUCGUUAUUCAUGUCGUAGAUCGGACGAUCAUUUUUGGUGUUAGAUGCAUCGUUAAAGAAGCAUGCGAAGUAUUCUGUAUCGAAGUGCGAUUUGUAUCAAUUUUAAAUUACAUAGAGUGAAUGUGUGGGGAGUAUUUGAGCACGAUGCUUCUCGUCCCCUACGCUUUUAUCUCUUCCGCGACUGUGUAAUCUCGUAUAUAUCGCACGACGAACAAGCGAGGAAGAUCGACGUGGCGUCUCCCUUUUCAUUCUGAAGAAAAGCGCAGAGCGGCGUGGUGGCCGCGCGGAAGACAAAAAAACGGUGAACGAAAGGCUCUCGUUUGCUCAUUUCGAACGUUUCGGAUUACAUAGGCUUAGGUAGUUUAAGAUUUUUUUAUACCGACGAAGAAGGGGGUGGAGAGGUGCGGGAGAGGCAGGCGGCCUGGCUCUCGCUACCACGUGAUUGUCCAAUGCGCCGUCCGUCGUCCGUUCGCUUCGUUCUCCACCGGUCUCGCGGACAUCCUCGUCGUCUCUCGCCGUGCCGUUCUCCUCUUCGAGGCCUUGUUCGCUUUUUAUUAUUUUAUACUGUUUCGUAUUUCGCGCUCUCCGAAGGGCAGAACGGCGACGACGUUGACCUCUCGCGAGGCGCGGGUUCGCGAUCACGUUCCAUUUCCUGAGCGUCUGCGCGCUCGUGAUCGUCGGUCCGUUAAUUUUUGCCGUAAGGCAAAUGCCAUGCGUCAUCGAUCGAGCCUUUCGCAUGAUGGACAGUAAGUGAGAACCUAUCGAGUUCCACUGGAACGAGUUGAAGCAGUUGUUCGUGAUUUUUCUCGUGGGAGUUAAUCUUCCGGCGCAAAGAGAAAGUACGGUGGGAACGAAUCGACGACGAUGGACGACUCUUUUAUAGUGUUAAGGACGAAUUAUAAAAAAUAUUAUGACCGACGAGUGAGACUCGCGAUAAAAUCUCCUGGUGAUGCAAAUAAUUUUACAUUUGUUAUAUUAAUAAUAAUAAAUAAUUAUGAUAAUACGAUCGUUGAAUAACAAUUAGAUGUAAUAUAUUGUAUAUAUUAUAUCCGUAUGUUUUUACGAUAUUUUUAAUGAAAAAUUAGUUUGCAGACAAAACUCGUCUGAUUUUUUAAAUUUUACGCAGGCAAAAACCACGUGAGAGCCCAGUUAUCUCAUUUCGAACCCCAUUUACAUUUAAAUGUGAAAUGUAAUUUUUUAUAUCCUCGAAUGCGCUCCAAUUUAAUCUUCUUUACGGAGACGAACGUUUUAAAAACAAAAUUCAGAAACUGCUGUGUAGCUGCGAGAUAUGAUUAGAAUUAGAAUUGUGAGAAAUUUUCAUUAAGAUGAUAAUUAAGAUGAUCAAUAAGAUAACUUUUAAUUUUUUUGUUGCUUUGUUUAAGAGCUUUAAUUUUUAUUUGAAUUUGAAUUUUUAAGUAUCUUGUUAUUCUCUCUUUCAUUUGUAAUAACUGUUUCGCGAGUGCAAGGCAAACUCCGCGAUGCGGGGUAGCAAGGUGCGAAUUGGUUGGAAAAGAGAAUGUGUCAUCCAGCCGUUUGUUUCGAAAUCUAUCGCGAGUCACGCUCGUCGUUGUUUUCCCAGUGGGAAAAAAAGUUACAUUUAUACAGGUGUGCGCGCGCGCGCGCGCACAGCGUGCAUACACAAAUUCACAUAUACACGACACACUCACGGAAUAGAUACACAUGCGAGAUAAAUAAACGAAGCUAUAUAAAUAAAUAUACAUAUAUAUUAUAUA